UUUUUAUCAGUACAGUCUUAUACCUAGUAGUUAGUUCAGUAGUGUUGUGAGUGACACAACGAAAGAGAUAUGUAUCGAAACCUGCUAGCGAUUGCAUUACUAUGCCUUCUAACAGAUGGUACAUACAGCGACACUAACUAUAGACUGAACACGCCAAUCGUACCAGCACGAUAUGUCCUCAUCCUCACGCCGUACUUCGACACCGGUGACAGCAGAGCAUUCACCUUCGAUGGCAUUGUAAACAUACAAUUCACAACGAAAAGCAACACGAAUCAAAUUAAAAUACACUCUGAAGACCUUAAUUUUACUGCUGCAGAUGUUUAUGUAGGAACGUAUCCCGGUAAUGUUAGUCUAGGAGUCUCUACCUUGGAGUUCGAUACCAAUUAUACGUUUGCCUACAUCAAUUUAGCCAGCAACUUGGAAGCAGGAGUUGAGUAUGGCUUGCAGAUUAAAUACAAGGGUCAUUUGAGAACCGAUCUGAAUGGAUUUUAUAGAAGCUUUUAUUUCGAGAAUGGAGUUAAGAAAUGGCUCGGUUCAACUCAAAUGGAGCCGACUCACGCAAGGAAAGCGUUCCCGUGCUUCGACGAACCUGAACUGAAAGCGGUUUUCCAAAUGAGGAUCGAUCGUCCAGCUAACUACAAACCUUCGCUGACUAACACUAAAAGGGAAAGAAGCGAAAUUUUGGAAAAUGGAUACAUCAGGGACUACUUCUAUCCAACACCGAGGAUGUCAACUUACCUAGUGGCCUUUCUGAUCUCAGAAUUCACCCCCGGUAUUACAAUUACUAAUGAUAACCGGGAAUUUGGUAUCUACUCACGUCCAGAAGCAAACGGACAAACUUCAUUAGCUUUUAAAUUUGGCAGAGAGGUUGUUGAUGCUCUCGGCAAGUACUUUGGUAUUGACUACUAUUAUACAAACAGCAAUUUACAACUGGACCACGUUGCACUACCAAAUUUCAGAGCAGGAGCUAUGGAGAAUUGGGGUCUCAUUACAUACAGGGAAGCGUUGUUGCUGUACGAUGACGAAGAGUCCAAUGCUUACUUUAGGUACAGAGUGGUACAAAUCAUAGCUCACGAAACUACUCACAUGUGGUUUGGUAACCUAGUGACCUGCCACUGGUGGAGUAAUACCUGGUUAAACGAAGGUUUCGCUAACUAUUUCCAGGAUUACAUCACGGCAACUCUGGACCCUAAGUCAGGUGCAGCUAACCAGUUGGUCAUCGGUUCCGUAUACUCUGCUUACAAAGCUGACAGCAGCAGUUCCUCUGUGCCCAUCACCAAUAACGAUGUCAAUUCUCCCGCCGAAAUCAGUAACCAUUUUGGAACUGUGACCUACCAAAAAGCGGGCUCCGUCAUCAGAAUGAUUCACCACUUGAUCCAAGAUGACGCCUUUAAGUUUGGACUCAACUCCUACCUGACAUCUAAUUCAUUUGAUGCUGGGUAUCCCGAAAAGCUGUACCAGGGGCUCAGUGGAGGAGUCUCCACUUUCAACGCGCUAUCAUCUUACUCUAAUACAAAUAUUUCUGACAUUAUGAACUCGUGGAUCACACAGGCUGGACACCCUCUACUAACUGUGAAUAUCAAUUACGACACCGAAACUGUUACUUUGACUCAGAAACGAUUCUACUCUAACUCAUCAAUAUCUUCAAAUGAGGUGUACAAGAUACCGAUAACUUACACCACACAGUUAUCGCCAAACUUCGAGAACACUAAGCCAGUUUUCAUAAUGGAGAAUAAAACACACGAGUUUACGAUCAGGAAUAUUAGCCAAAGUCAUCCCUGGAUAUUAUUCAAUGUCCAAGAAACAGGUUUAUACAGAGUGAACUACGACGAUCACGCUUGGGGAAUCAUUUUGUCCGCAUUAAAAAAUUAUAGCAAUGUCAUACAUCCUCUUAAUCGUGCUAAGAUUGUGAAUGAUCUUUUUGCUCUACAAUAUGUGGAUGAAGUCAGUUUCUCUACUCUGCUUAGUGGACUGGAGUUCCUUCAUAAAGAGACAGAGUAUUCGGUAUGGUUUGCUGCCGUGGAUGGCUUUAAGAGUUUAUUGAGCAGGUUUGUUGGGGACGUUGCAAUGACACAGGCUCUAAAGGAUCUCAUUCUUCCGUACUUGGAUUCAGCAAUAUCUGUGAUUGGUUAUGAUAGUGCUUCAGAUGACGUUGAGUUUUUGAGAAAUCGUAUGCAACUUUUGGAGCUCGCUUGCAAGCUUGAACACAGCGGUUGCGUAGAAAAGGCUGUGUCUUUGUUCACUGCCCUUAAGAUAAAUGGCACUAAAGUGGCCCCAAGUUUGCGCCCUGUCGUAUACUGCACUGGACUGCGUAAAGGCGAUAGCUCUGACUUUGAUUUCUUGUGGACACGUUUGAAGAAUUCAAACAUAGCUAGUGAACAAUGGGUCAUUCAGGACGCUUUGGGCUGCAUUAAUGAUGAGAAAAAGUUGAUCAGCUACCUCUUCUCUAUGCUUGACCCGGACAGCCCGAUCCAGUCCCAAGACCAGACGAAACCGUUGGCGAGUGUUCUGUCUGACUAUGAACACCGUACUGUGGUUAUAAACAGCUUGAAAACCGACUACAAAACUUGGAGCUCCAUACACCCGUCAAUGGACACAAUUUUGAGUACCGUCGCUUCAGUUCUUCGCACGGACGAUGACUUUACUCUUUUUGAAUCGUUCCUAGCGUCGUGUUCUGAAUGUAACGUGGACUCCCUGACUGGAACUAAGGCUGCACUGGUAAAUGCUAAAGCUGUUAAGUCUUGGUCUGAUAGCCACAAGGCAGAAAUGCUUCUGGCACUAGGAGGUACCACUGGGUCUUCCAGCUUAGCCAUGCCGUCCUUACUAACAAUCAUUUUGGGACUGGCUGGUUUGCUUAUGAGCAUCCAUUAAUAAAAUAAAA